UUCCCCCUUCUCCGGUGACGUUGCGGUCUCCUCCCUCUGGCGGAGCUGAGGCGCCUGCAAAAGUCCUUUUGCCGCUCCGCGCGGCCCCGUGGUCUUCCGUCCGUCCCGCCACCCGCCCGAGCGAGCAUCCACCGCGCGCGCGGAGGGGCCACGACUUCGCUUCUUCGCCCGCCCGGAAUGAGCGCUUGACUCCGGGAGGCAGCGCUAGGAGGCGCGGAGGCGGCCGGGUCCAGAGCGCGGGGGUCGACCUCCUGCCGCCGCCAUGGAGUGAGAGGGUCUGCGCAACGGGCAGCUGGGGGAGAGGCUCCUUCAAAGAUGGUCCGGCUGCCAUUGAGACCUGGAGCUCUAAUGCCACAAUGAGGACUCACACACGGGGGGCUCCUAGUGUGUUUUUCAUACAUGUGGUUUGCUUCGCACUGGUCUACAGCAGCAAUAACAGCCCAAGCACCGUGGUUCCUUUUGUCAAUGCCAACUACGACAGCUACCCAAUGCUCUACUUUUCCAGAGGAGAGAUGCGGGAUUUGCGAUUCAAGGCCGCCAAUUCACACCAACACAUUUCGGCUCGGUUGGCUGAGGCUGUGCAGACCAUGCUGUCAAACCCUUUGGAGUACCUUCCUCCCUGGGACCCCAAGGACUUCAGUGCUCGAUGGAAUGAGAUUUACGGCAACAACUUGGGCGCUCUAGCAAUGUUCUGCCUGCUUUAUCCAGAGAACCUGGAAGCUAUCAAUAUGGCCAGAGAUUACAUGGAAAGAAUGGUGGCUCAGCCUAGUUGGCUGGUGAAGGAUGCACCAUGGGAUGAGGUCCCUCUCGCUCACUCUUUGGUUGGAUUUGCCACUGCUUAUGAUUUUUUGUACAACUAUCUUAGCAAGUCCCAGCAGGAAAGAUUUCUUGAGGUGAUUGCCAAUGCCUCAGGAUACAUGUAUGAAGCAUCCUACAGGCGGGGAUGGGGAUUCCAGUACCUGCACAACCACCAGCCAACCAACUGCGUGGCCUUGCUGGCAGGAAGCCUGGUUCUGAUGAAUCAAGGUUAUCUUCAGGAAGCAUACCUGUGGACUAAGCAAGUCCUUGCAAUCAUGGAAAAGUCUAUAGUUCUGCUUCAGGAAGUGACAGAUGGAUCUCUCUAUGAAGGAGUAGCAUAUGGCAGCUACACCACCAGAUCCCUUUUCCAAUACAUGUUCCUUGUUCAAAGGCACUUUGACAUUAACCACUUUAAACACCCUUGGCUUAAAGAACAUUUUGCUUUUAUGUACAGGACAGUUCUGCCAGGAUUCCAAAGGACAGUUGCUAUUGCAGAUUCCAACUACAAUUGGUUUUAUGGACCAGAGAGCCAGUUGGUGUUCUUGGACAAGUUCGUUAUGCGCAAUGGUAGUGGAAAUUGGUUGGCUGAUCAGAUAAGGAGGAACCGAGCGCUUGAAGGCCCAGGGACACCAUCCAAAGGGCAGCGUUGGUGCACGCUUCACACUGAAUUUAUCUGGUAUGAUGCAAGCCUGGGUUUAGUACCUCCUCCAGACUAUGGCAUUCCAAAACUGCAUUAUUUUGAGGACUGGGGAGUUGUAACAUAUGGAAGUGCACUGCCGGCCGAAGUCAACAGACCUUUCCUCUCCUUCAAAUCAGGAAAACUGGGAGGACGUGCAAUAUAUGAUAUUGUUCACCGAAAUAAAUACAAAGACUGGAUAAAAGGCUGGAGGAACUUCAAUGCUGGCCACGAACACCCAGAUCAGAACUCCUUCACUUUUGCCCCCAAUGGUGUACCUUUCAUAACAGAAGCUCUGUAUGGACCAAAAUACACAUUUUUAAAUAAUGCACUGAUGUUUUCUCCAGCUGUGUCAAAGAGCUGUUUUUACCCCUGGGAAGGGCAAGUUACUGAAGACUGCUCAUCAAAGUGGUUGAAAUAUAAACAUGACUUGGCUGCAGAUUGCCAAGGGAGAGUGGUUGCUGCUAUGGAAAGAAGUGGAAUCAUCUUCAUCAGGGGUGAAGGAGUGGGUGCGUACAACCCCAAACUGAAACUGAAAAGCCUCCAAAGAAACCUGUUACUUAUACACCCCCAGCUCCUCUUGCUAGUGGACCAAAUACUUAUUGACGAUGGUAGCCCCUUGGAGACAGUAGCCAGCUUCUUCCACAAUGUGGAUGUGCCUUUUGAGGAAACAGUUAUUGACGAUGUCCAUGGGGCCUUCAUUAGGCAACGAGAUGGAAUGUACAAGAUGUACUGGAUGGAUGACACUGGCUACAGUGAAAAAGCUGUCAUUGCCUCAAGAAUGUAUCCCAGAGGCUACCCUUACAAUGGGACAAACUAUGUGAAUGUCACGACUCACCUGCGAGCCCCAGUCACGAGAGCUGUGUACCUCUUUAUUGGGCCUUCCAUUGAGGUCCAAAGCUUCAGCGUCCAUGGGGAUUCUCAGCAAUUAGAUGUCUUCAUAACAACCGAUGAGCAUGCCUAUGCCGUCUAUUUAUGGACCGGUGAGGAUAAAAGCCGCUCUAUCUUUGCACAAGUUAUUGCAGACCGCCAUAAAGUUCUGUUUGACCAAGCCUCAGCUAUUACCAGCCCCCCGGUAUCAGAAGUCAGAGACUACAUGGGGAUAGUAGAAAAGAACAUUCAGCAUUUCAAGCCUGUCUUCCAGCAGCUAGAGAAACAGAUACUUUCCCGUGUGCGGAACACAGACAGCUUCAGAAAGACAGCUGAGCGCCUGCUGCGGUUUUCAGAUAAAAGGCAGACGGAGGAGGCCAUUGACAGGAUAUUUGCAAUCUCACAACAGCAGCAGCAGCAGCAGCAAGGCAAAGCAAAGAAGAACAGAAAGAUGGCUAAAGGCUAUAAGUACGUUGAUGCUGGUCCCGACAUUUUUGCACAGAUUGAAGUGAAUGAAAGAAAAGUUCGACAGAAGGCACAGACUUUGGCUCAGAAAGAAUUGCCUGUGGAUGAAGAUGAGGAAAUGAAAGAUCUUCUUGAUUUUGCAGAUAUUACAUAUGGGAAACACAAGGACAGUGUGUUAUUCAAAGGCCGAUCUGGUCUUGCACAGAUGCUGGCAACUGCUCGAAGCAGUGCUCCUUCGAUGUCAGCAUCUUACACCCGCCUCUUCCUCAUUCUGAACAUUGUUAUUUUCUUUGUCAUGCUAGCCAUGCAACUCACUUGGUUCCAAAAAGCCAAGAGCCUGCAUAGCCAAAGAUGUCUUUAUGCGAUCUUGCUAAUUGACAGCUGUAUAUUAUUGUGGCUGUAUUCCUCUUGUUCUCAGUCACAAUGCUAGCAAUAAAAACCCCAGUGAUUGCUACUUGACCAUUCUGUGAUUAGAUAUGUCUUUGCAAAGCAUUAAGCCUAAUAGGGCCAGAAUAUAUUUUGUUCAUCUUCUGACACAUUCCAGAAACCCUUGUGGGAUUGUUGAAUUAUUGUAGUCAGAGAAGAUAAAGUUAAUGGGCAUUGGGGCACUGAACACAUAUCUCAAAGUACCACCUAGAUAUAGGUCAAGUUGCAUUUGUCCUAAGAAUGAAUGUUACAUGUCCUUGUUCUGAACUCAAUAUGUGGCAUUACAUUUCCUUCUUCAAUAGAAAAAUUACAUCUCUCAGAUGAGUUGUUCCAUAACUUUGGUGAAGUUUUUUAAAUAUGUGACUAUUUUAACAGUCCCCCAAACUGGUUGUUCACACAUGCAGCAAGGUUUUUAGCCAAAGGAUUUCAUCCUUUCUGUCUAGCCAGAGAUAACUAUAUGAAGGGAGGGUGAUGAGAAGUUCUAUUGAUUAUUUGUUGCAUCUUACUGCUUACCUGUCUUAAAACGCAGGCACUACUGUAUAGCACUUCCUGUCAGUAUCACUAUCAUUUUCUCUCUAUCGCCAGUAACAGAAAGUGCUGCUUGCCUUGCCCCCACCUCCAGUCAAGACUAUGCAAAAUCCUUCUUCCAAUCUUUGUAAGCAGAAAGCCAGUUUGGGGUAACUAACAGCUCCUGGAGCAUCAAGACCCUAAAAUGUGUGAAUGCUUAAAUGGGAAAUUAUGACGCCAUAAGCCAAAUGCUUUCAUUUGUCCUUUUCCCCAUUUAUGCUGGAAGGAAAGAACAGCGAGCGCAUGUUAUUUGGUCAGUGCUAUGCAGAGGCAGCUGGGCCCAUAAAUAAAAUCUCGAAUGAGACAACUAAGGUAUCUUUGCGCUGGCACACGCUUGCAUUUUCAUCACUUAACGCCUGCCUAAUUGAGGGAUGAUUCAUAUGUUGUAACAUACACAACAAGCCAUCAAUAAUUUUGUAAGAUCCUCUCAAGUGAAGGCUUAGCCACACUUCUUCUUGUCCUCCUGCUUUCCUCCCAGGGAAAACUCUUUAGUGCUCAAUCAGAGCACACAGCAAUUUGGGUUUUCUCUGGAUUGAUGUUUGCUUCAACUUAGCUCUAAAUAGCAGGGCAAGGGAAAAACCCCUCACACGUUUGCCUAGAAAGUGCAAGUCAAGUGAAUAAACACUCAGACCUGUGCUUUCUAGACACAAAAUUGUGGAUGAGCCCUGAGUUUCACUAGUGUCAGUUCACAUAAUCUGUUGCCAGUCAGCAAAUGUUUCACGUUCAGGUAGAUGACCCUCAUGGCCCCUUCUAUCUCUACAAUGACAUGAUUUUAUAUGAGCCAGAACUUAGCUUUCCUGAAGAAGCCAGGGGAACGCAUUAGGUAACUGGGGAAAAGGGAACAGGGGUGCUCAUGAUGGGUGCUCAGCCCCAUCUAUACCAAAGUGCUAUCCAGUUGGGAAUGUUUGUAUUGAGAGUGUGGGUGAAAUGUAUAGGAUAAUGUACAUUUUUGUGGAAUUACUUCUAGGUGGGAUUCUAGAUGCCAUAGACCUCUAGUUGACCACUGUGAAUAGAUGCUGGACUAGAUGGGCCUUUGGUCGGAUCCAGCAGAGUUCUUUUUAUGUUCUUAGCAGUCUUUCUGUGUGGAAAUUUUCUGAGAUUAACUGAUUGAUGAGGCCCUUGCUCCUCCCAGUUUUUAGGAUAUCGGCCCUGUAUGUAUCUAGAAGUUCCUGAAACAAGAAAAGACAUCGCUUCUGCAAUUAAUGAAUGUGCCUCUCUUGCAUGCAGGAAUCGUGGGGAUGAUGUUUAAAUCUAAGGCAUUUGAAAAUGAAUAUGAGUUGAGGAAAUGGUUUUUAUUGUACACAUUGAAGAAAAUAAAGUGCUUUUUCCAAAUGCAUUUUGCUAAAUAAAGAGAUUAUAAAUGUC